CCGCGAGAAAGGAGCUUCAACGCAUUUCUCGCUAGCAUUGGCCCCUUUGCUAACUUCUUGUUCUGUGGCGACCUGUAUACCUAAUGUCUGACUUGAACCGUUCACCUUCUCGCUCACAGUCCAGAGCGUCGUCAAGAUGCUCCAACCGUGCACCAAGUCCGUCAUUUUCUUUAGACGAUCCAGUUUCCGUUCGAAACCAUAUUUCCUUCCUUAAGCAUACGAUUCGACACCAGCAAGCGCAACUCCAGAACCUGGAGGUGGUCUUACAGCGUUCGACGUCCCGAUCGACUACGUCUGGCUCUGGUAGUCAAUACAAACAAGACUCGCCCUCGCUAUCACCUACAGACCUCCCUGGCUCUUCUGGUUCAUAUACAUACACCACCGUGUCAUCGUCUAAAACUCUCCGGCAGCGUUCCUCGAGUUUCGAAGUCCUUCAGGCUAUGGUCGGUCCCGAUGGUCACUCACAGCUCCCAUUACCGAAGAGAGACGGAGGGAGUAUUCGGGAAGGGAUACCAUCGGACUUCUCGUCGUCGUCUUCGAAUUUAUUGAGUCCUGAGCAUGGUGGCAAUAGUAAACGACCCGUGAGUCCGACGCGUUCAUUGAGCCGUAUACCUGUCGCUUCUGUCGGACAUGCACGAACACUCGCAGAAGACGGACAAUCUUUUCGUCCUCACUCACAAAAACCUCCAUCUAUCGACUCCUCAAUCACAAAUCGUUCUUCCCAAUUAACCCAAUCAACAGAUGUAACAGCAACAUCAUCACUAACAACAACCACUACGUCACUCCACCUCCCGCCAUCACCAGGAAAACGUAUAUCCUUCGGCGCUCACGGGGGGAAUACUACGAAAGUCCUAGCAGACUUACAAGCGGGAGUCAUCAACGCGAAGAAUGCGCUGGAGAAUACGAAAGCGCAGUUGAGAUUGAGUCAACGGACUGUUGCGCAACUUACUCGACAGACGGAGGAUUUGAAAGAUGGGAGAGAACGGUUACGACUGGAAAAUGAAGGGUUAAAUAAUGUUGUGGCGAGGAAGGAGAGGCUGUUGCAGGAGGUACUGGAACGCGCACGAAAAGCAGAGUCCGAAGCAUCCUCCCUAAAAUCCCAACUCAAAUCCGAAUCUACAUCUUCCAAACGUACAAUCCGCGAAAUGGAAGCCCAACUUUUGCAAUCCACCGCUCUCAGCCAAAAAUCCGAACGAGAGUAUAUAACGCUCCGUGACGCGCUCAAGCAGCUCUCGGAGAGUUGGAAACUCGAUUUGGAAAGGAUUAAGAAGGAGAUGAAAGAGAGGGAGGAGAAAGUGAGGAAGGAAGAAGAAGAGAUGGGGGAGAAGUAUAGGAAGUUAGUAGAAGAGGUUGAGGAAGAGAGGAAGAAACAUGAGAGGGUGAAGUCGAUUCUGGAGGAGGAAAGACGGAUACAGGGGGAAUGGGAGGAAGGGUUUAAAGCACAACUGGAUGAGUUUCACGGGAGCGUGCUACGUUCGGAAACAGAUUCGGCGACGGCGAAAAAGAUGGCACAGCAAAUAUCAAACGAAUUACUUCGUUUAAGAAGCCUCAUCCGAGCGGUCGAAGGGUCAGACGAGAACAUAGAGCAGUAGAUGGGGAGCGUUGUAGAAUUGGUUUUUCUUAUAUUUUAUUCUCAUCACCACCCACGGCAGUCUUUCGUUUUCCAGAUUACCCUUACACACACACUGGCUUAACCGC